ACGCUCAUCAUCUUCACGACAAUACACUGCCCACCAUGUCAGCUAUUGGAUCUCUUGUCUUUUGCACAGAUUGCGGUAACUUGCUGGACGGUUCUGUUGGGAAGCAACAACAGAACAUAGUCCUGACAUGCGGUGUCUGUGGUGCGCAAAAUAAAGAUACGUCCUCAAAGACUGUCGUUACUGUUUCCAAGCCUACUGCUUUUCCUUCUUCUCUGCGUGCGAAGAGAUCCGAGGUGCAGACCAUUUCGGAGGAAGACGUACAAACCACCAGUAUAAUCAACCACCCAUGCGAAAAAUGUGGAAGAGAGCAAGUGCGAUACUACACUCAACAACUGCGAAGUGCAGACGAGGGAACCACUGUCUUCUAUGAGUGUGAUUGCGGUCACAAGUAUGUUUGCGCGAUCGCCCUCAAACUCAAACUCGUACUGAUAGUUAUCUUACAGGUGGAACACGAACAACUGAAUUGGGCUGUACAAGUACAAUGGCCUCGUUGAACUUUAUUUAACCCAAACGCCAUGCUCAUGCAACAUGCUUCUAAGCCGCAGCAACCUGUGGCACAAUUGCGUACUCCAUCUCCCCAUUCUUCUCGAACUCUGCCAUAUCCAGCGCAACAAUUACACUGUCUCGUACAACCUGUUCUGGGUCAUUCAAGAAUUUGCGCAAAGUUUCCUCGACGCCUUCCUCGUCACCCAAACUGCCCAGUGCCUCUGCAGCUUCAUGGCGGACCAUACUAGCCUCGUUUGUGUUACUCAGUGCCUCUGUCAGGCUAGGAAUCGACGCGGGAUGUGACAGCUGUCCGAAAACGAAUGCGAUUUCAUGGCGGAAGAGAGCAGACGGAUCGCUGAAACCGCGGGCGAGCGCUUGUACAGCAGGGAUAGCAGUUGGGAGAUCGGGUGGCGAGGAAAGAUCGCGUAGCGCGAACAUGGCCCGGUACCGCUGGAACAAAGGCAAGGAUGUGUCGAGUAGUGUCUUUUCAAGUUCUGAUA